AUCUGUCGAGCUGCUGCGUCCAACUAGACGAUAGUAAAACAAGGGGAGCUCGGGUUGUCCCCAGCGUCUAGGGAAAUGAUUACCGAGUCAGCUUAGGGAGGAUAGACGCAUGAGUCGGAUUCUGCAUGGUUGAGCUCGAUAGGCGUACUCCGGGGAACCUAUGAACGAUCGUCAGCAUGGCGCACAUCGGGCACAUGAACCCAAUGAGGGAGUAACUGAUCAUUCAGCAUGCAUACUCAGAUGCUAUGCUGGUCAUGACAACCAGCCAACGGCGCUUGUUAUUGGCUGUCCAAGGCAUCCGGGCAGGGGGUCGGAAGGGCUGAAACCUCGACAUGCGAUUCUCGCACUCCGCUUGAGAGGGUUGUGUCAUGAAUCUAGGCCUUGUGGAGCCGGGGACCGCCCCGUACUGACGCAGAUGCCAUCAAUGUCAUGGUCUCGAGCGCAAUCUGAGACCAGGGAUCACACGACUUACACCGAAGUGAAAAGGGAUCAGGGAUUGAGAUCUCUGCGAAUCGGCUGUGACCCACCGAUCUGGUCAAAACGGGGUCGAUCCCAUCAGAGUAAUCACGCACUGCCCCAGGGGAUGGCAGCGUCAGUGCUUUUCGCCCUGGCUCUCUCACGCUGCUGCACCUCCCACCUUACUCCUACCUUGUUUUCGGCCUUAACCUUAUUCAGCCACGAUUAGCUACGUCGUAAGCUAACGGCCCCUGUGCCUCCGACAGAAUAACGGUAUCAUGGCAUUGGCGACAACGUAUGUACGUACGUACAUUUGGCACGACCUGGCAGAUGACAAUGACUCAGGGUGCAGGCGUAGCUAAACUAAAUUCUACCACAAUGCCUAUAGGUUAGAGAAAGUCGACGAGUAUGGCUACUCUCAGCUUUGCCCUCUCUUCGGUCGGCUGAAAAUUCGGAACUAUCUGUCUUUUGGCUUGGCUACUGAUCACCUUUGAUCUUGUCGAUUUUUUUCUGCAUUCCUCCUUGUGAGGGAAUCCAGUUAUGCUGACAUCACGACCCUGGCUAAGCGUUGCUCCUGAAAUUUUAC